AUUCCUUCCAACCUGAGCCACUUUGGGUGGCCUGGGGGUGCCCCCAGGGCAGGGGGCAGUGUGUGCAGGGGCCCUUUGUGACACGUGCAGCAUGGUCACCAUGGCAUGGAACAGUGUGUCCAAGGGCCCUUUGUGACACGUGGUGACAUAGGAGCUGACAGUGACAGGACCAUGCCACAGUGCUCCGAGCACGCGACAGGACAGGACGGGACAGAGCAGUGCUGUGAGGAGUCCUCGCACAGCGCACUCGUUCGUGUCUGACCCAGAGAUUUCUGAGGCGUUACUCCUGCAGCUGACCUCAAGGCCAGACCACAGGACUUGCUGACCUGUGGCCUUCCUGAGGCUUGUCUUCUGCAGGUGCCCUCGAGGGCAGAGCGAGGGACUUGGUGCCCUGGAGGCAUCUCCCAUCCCUGCCACCAGUGCCCUUGAGGCAAGAGCACAAUCCUUGACAGGAGUCUCCUGUCCUUGUGGCAGGAGCCCUCGAGACCAGAGAGAAGGACUUGCUGUCCUGUAGCCUUCCUCAGGCUUCUCUCUUGAAGGUGCCUUGCAGGCACGAAAGCAGGACUUGCUGACUCGGAGCUUUUCCGAGGCAUCUCUCCUGCAAGUAGCUAUAGAUCCAGUAACUGACAUGGAGCAGAAACCCCUAAGAGUGCCCAAGCUGGCCGGGGUGGAGGAAGAGGACAAAGGCCCUGGAGCUGCCCCAGGGCAUGAGACUGAAGAGGUGGUGCCAUUCAAGCAGCUGCAGGAGGAUGCAGCCCUGGAGCGGACACAAGAACAGGAACCCGCCCGUGGCCGCUUCCGCAGAACAGCGCAGACCAUCCGUCAAUUCAUCACGUGCAUUUGGCAGGAAGAGAGCACAGGUGUGGGCACCGGGAUCUUGGCAAGCUUUCACCUCUUCAGUGCCGAGACCAGUGCUGCCAUGCUGGAUUUGCUGGUGGAGAAGGGUGUCUCCAAUGCAAAGCAAGUGCCAGCCAUGGUGAGGUACAUCCACCGGUGGCUCACGGCCAACGAGUCUGCUGAGCACAGGCUGGACAAGGCCCUUCUGGAGCUGACCAAGGAAUACCCCUCUGACGUGCUGAUCACUCUCUUGCGCUGGGCCCCAUCGUGUGACAGAGCUGCCGUGACCAUGUGGGGGACCAUCAUGUCCUCGAGCAGGACCGCCGAGCCGGCGCUGCAGAUCCUCCUCGAUGUGCUGAGUGCCUGGCCAGAGGACAGCGUGUACACCUCCGAUGGGGACAGCACAGGGGUCUUUGCCCUGGCUGCAACAGUAACAAUGUGGAGGGUCUUCAAUCUGACCUGGUGCCCACCUGUAGUGCAGGUAUAUUUCCCCAAACUCCUUCUGCGUCUGCUCUUCCAAGCUUACAUCAGCACGCUGGAUAUGCCAGAAGAGGUGGAUACCUUCUGGAAGAGAUGCCAGGAGCAACACGACCUUGCUGCCCACCCCAACAGCUUUGCACUGCAGACCCUGAAGGCCCUGCUCUGCCAAAUGCAGUACGAUGACGUGGUGGUAGCAAUGGAACGCAGGUGUGCCUGGAACAUGCUGCUCUGUGCCCACACCCACCACUAUGCAGUGGGUCUGCUGGCCAGGGAGAUGCGCCGUGUCUCCAUCAUCUGGCGCUGCAUGAUCGCAUCCUGCCUCUUUGACCUACUCAGCCAAGACAUUUCAGACUGGGAACUGCCCGCCCUGACGUUCCUGGUGGAGGUCCUGGACUGCCUGGACUUGAGUGAAUGCGGUGAAAAGGUCCUGCAGAUCAUGACAAGGCACCUGAAGAGACGGUCCAGAGAGAUGCGUCGCGUGGCGCUCAGAGGCCUCGUGGUGCUCAGCCAGGACCCCUCGAUGAACCAAAGAAUGUACAGCCUGACUGAAAGCCUUGGCAACCUCCUGCGGGCCGUGGAUGAAGACAUUGUUGAGAUGACCCUCGUUGUUCUCAGCUCUCUGCUCUUCAACAAAGAGAUAGCAAUAGCCAGCCCCAUCGCCCUGCAGCUGGCUGAGGCGCUCUGGCAACUCUUCGACAAUGACAACAGCCUUGUGAAGCUGCUCUCCGUUCGCCUCUUCCAAGAGGUGAUGAACUUGGUGGUGGCCAAGGGAAAAAAGCCCCUGAAGAAGCAUGUGAGGCAGAGCCUGCUCCCACUCUUCUUCAACUGCCACGAUGAGAACUGGGGUGUGGCACAGGCCUCUCGGGAAACGCUGCUUUCUGCAGUAAGGUUCCUGAAGAGAAGGGAUCUUCAGCACCUGGUGAACACAGAUCAGAUGUGGAGCUUUGCUGAGCGCUUGCUGGCAGAGGACAGGAGCCGAGCGGCCGAGCACCUGCGCCGGGCCCUGCCCUACCUGCAGAGCCCACAGGAGCCCCUGCGAGAGGCGGCCGUCAGGUUCAUGGGGAUCGCCGGGCGCUGCCUGAGAGGACAGCAGCAAGAGUUCCGGAUCCUCUGCAGGGCCCUUCAGGACAUGGCGUAUGACGCCAGCCCUGCCAUCUCAUGCCUGGCCCUUCAAACUCAUUACAUCAAUUUAGCUGUGCAGGCCAUUCCCUCCUCCCGACUCCAGAAUGUGCAAGAUCAACUCCGCCGGCUCUGGAAGUCACGGCCUUUCCCGUGUCGCCGGGGCUGGCUGUCUUGCUGCAGCGCUGUGGAGAACUGAUCCGCCAGGCUGCGUCUGCUGGGGCCACCUGAGCCUGCGGGGACCAACCCCCAUGUUAAUUUAAGGAGGACAAUUAGAGAACAUCAUGUUAAAAUUAAUGCGGACAAUUAGAGAACACAAUGUUAAUUUCAGGAGGACAAUUAGAGAACACCAUGCUAAAUUAAUGAGGACAAUUAGGGAACAGCAUGUUAAUUUCAGGAGCACAAUUAGAGAACACCAUGUUAAAUUUCAGGAGGACAAUUAAAAAACACCAUGUUAAUUUAAGGAGCACAAUUAGAGAACAUCAUGUUAAAAUUAUUGAGGACAAUUAGAGUGCACUUUGUUAAUUUCAGGAGGACGAUUAGAGAACACCACGUUAAAUUCAGGAGGACAAUUAGAGAACACCACAUGAAAUAUAACAAAGACGAUUAGAGAUCACCAUGUGAGAAACUACAGAUUGGGAUAUUGUUUAUUAAGAUAUAUGUAAAGGUUAGACAAUUGUGAGAAACUACAGAUUGGGAUAUUGUUUAUUAAGAUAUAUGUAAAAGUUAGACAACUGUGAGAAAAAUACAGACUGAGGUAUUGUCUAUUGAGAUAAGGUUAGACCACGGAGGUAUGCAAACAGCAAACGGACACAGCUGAUACAAGAUAAGAUAACAAGCACUUCAACCAGAGACUGAAGAUAAAGAUCACGACAACCAUUCACACUAGGGGACUGCUUAAACAAACACAAGAUAACGGCAGGAAUUGGCUUGCAAAUUCCAGGGAGACAAAAGAAGAAAUAGGAAUAAAAGGAGACAGUUUUGAGCGAAUCGUCGGAGCAGCCAGAGCUUCGGGUUUUUGGAAGUUUUUGGGUUUGCUCCCCAGCGCUGUUACCUUUGUCCAUAUCCUACUUGCUGUAAAUUAAUAAAAUUCUUAAUUGGA